AAUUGCUAUUCGCCUUCCCCCAUGCGUGAGCACUGAACACUGAGCAAGUCGUGUCGUCGAAGCUCCCUAUCGGCGAUCUGGACAGUAGCUCUGAACAACUGUUCAUACCGAAUUGAUUGUAUUUUAUAACACCACCUCUGGCAAUUGGAGCCUGGCUUACCCUCCCACUUCUUCACGAAUACACACACUAGACGCUAUAGACGAAGCGCCUGGAGCUUUGAUAAUCGAGACUGAGCAGACUAACACCUGUCAAAGCUCACUGGACCCCCGGCACUGGGAAGUUUGCUAAGUUCACCACGAGAUUGAGAAUGAAUCGAGAUGUGCAGGACGAUGGCACCUCUGAGCACCAACUGACUACUGAACCGCCACUUCAACACCCGCCUCUCGGAACGAGCAUGGCAGCAAACAUGGCUGCCAUUACCAACACCCACGCCGCCCAAGCGCCGAGCGCGCAGUUUCGAAGCAGGCCCGUGUCUGUCGCAGUGAACCCGGUAUCGUUGGUCAUUAACGAAUGCAUCUCAGUCACUUCCGUCAUGCGCAAGCAUGCGCGGUGGGCACAAUCUUCGGUAUCGUCCAUCCUCGGUGGGAACCCAAACCCCGUGCAGCUCGGUCCGCCGAGCCCAUCCCUUCGACCUGGUAGUAGAAGUUCGAAUGCGAGUCUGGGCGUGGACGGGUCACAAGACAUAGGAGUUGCCAACAGAUGGGGCCUGCGUGGCAAAAAGGGCAAAAGCAUGCAGGACAACCCCCUCAUGGCCGGUUUUGGGCGCCUGCGACAUGAGCUGUCGAGCUGCAGAGACAUACACGAGUUUGAUGCUCCCGCUCUCCUGAACCCAUUUCUCCAGGUCAUACAAGCAUCCGCGACCUCGGCCCCCAUCACCAUUCUGGCCCUCAAGGCCAUCCGCAAAUUCCUCGCCUAUGGCUUCAUCAGCCCUGAGUCGCCGCGGUUUGCCCUUGCCAUGCAGUCCCUCUCAACAGCCAUAACACAUUGCCGCUUCGAGGCCAGCGACUCGGCACAAGACGAGGUCGUACUUCUCAUGAUCUUGAACCUGAUGGAGGAUAUGCUGUCAAGUCCUGGGGGUGCCUUGUUGAGCGACGACAGCGUAUGCGAAAUGAUGGAGACCGGGUUGACCAUGUGUUGCCAGACCAGGUUGUCCGAGUUGCUGAGGAGGACGGCCGAGGCGGCCAUGGUCAGGAUGUGUCAGAUCAUUUUCGAGCACCUAAAACACCUAGAGGUCGUGGCCGGGGACGACAUGGACGCCCUCGAUCAGCAGACGAACGGCGACAUGGGUGUUGUCAAGAUGGUGCCUUCAACGAAUGGAAACCACGUCAUUGCGUCGUCCGAUGCCCCUGCCAGUGCAGCGACUGAAGAACCUCGACAGUCGUUAGGCGAGACAGAGGAAGCUCAGCAUCUGGUAGAAGAGACGACGGACGAGGAUAUUUCAGAGCUCGACAUUAAACCGUAUUCCUUGCCGUCGAUGAAGGAGCUUUUCCGGGUCCUUGUCGAUCUGCUAGAUCCCCACGAUAAGACCCAAGGGGACGCAAUGCGUGUCAUGGCCCUGCGCAUCAUCCAUGUUGCACUCGAGGUGGCAGGGCCGUCUAUCGCCAGGCAUCCAGCUCUGGCCUCCGUUGCUGAGGACAAGCUUUGCCGGUACUUAUUCCAGUUGGUCAGGUCAGAUAACAUGGCCAUCCUACAAGAAUCACUCAUUGUUGCUGGGACGUUGCUUGAAACGUGUCGUGGAGUUCUGAAGCUGCAGCAAGAGCUCUUCCUGUCGUACCUUGUGGCCUGCCUCCACCCGCCAGUAGAGAUUCCUCGCGAGCCUGGCAUUGAUCCCUCCUUAUACGAUGGUAUUCCACAGGCGCCAAAGUUGAUAAAGCCGCCCCCGUCCCAGUCGAGUAGUGGCAGGUCAACGCCAGUACCGGUGAAGGACCGGCAAAAACUUGGGUUGGAGGGUGGUGCGCGCAAGCCAGAUGCACGGCAAGCUAUGAUUGAAAGUGUAGGCGCACUAGCCCGUCUACCGAAUUUCAUGGUGGAGCUGUUUGUGAACUAUGAUUGCGACACCGAUCGUAUAGACAUGUGUGAAGACAUGAUUGGGUUAUUGUCUAGAAACGCCUUGCCAGACUCCGCAACCUGGAGUACAACGAGUGUCCCCCCCCUCUGCCUAGAUGCUUUGCUUGGCUAUAUUCAAUUUAUCGCCGAUAGACUAGGGGAUGAGCCAGUGUAUGAGGGCCACCCGGACGCCACCAAGCUUCGCGAGCAAAGACUGCGUAAGAAGACUAUCAUUACAGGCGCCAACAAGUUCAACGAGAAGCCCGAAAAGGGGCUUGUUUAUUUGCAAUCGGAGGGCAUCAUUGACGAUGUCAGCAAUCCUUUUUCUGUGGCCAAGUUCCUGAAAGGUACCUCGAGGAUACACAAGAAGAUGCUCGGAGAAUAUGUCUCGAAGCGAGGGAACGAAAAGUUGCUUGAAGAGUUCACGAAGCUUUUCGACUUUUCAGGCAAACGCGUAGAUGAGGCCUUGCGUCUCAUGCUGGAAAGCUACCGCCUCCCAGGAGAGUCGGCACUUAUCGAGCGGAUAAUGGUUACCUUCUCGAAAGUGUACAUGUCCAGCGAUAUCCCACCUGGCUGUGCGGAUGAGGAUGCUGUGUAUGUCCUCUCUUACGCUAUCAUCAUGCUUAAUACCGACCAGCACAAUCCCAAUUUCAAGCAAAAACGCAUGGAAAUCACGGAUUUCGCCAGAAAUCUGCGUGGCACGAACGGUGGCAAAGACUGGGCGCCUGAAUACCUUCAAGCUAUCUACGACGCAAUCAAGACGAAUGAGAUUAUCUUGCCCGAUGAGCAUGAUAACCAGCAUGCAUUCGAUUAUGCGUGGAGGGAACUGCUUCUGAAGACCGAGUCUUCUGGGCCAUUGGUUCUCUGCGACACGAACAUAUAUGACGCAGAUAUGUUUGCGAAAACAUGGAAACCAAUCGUCUCGACAUUGUCCUAUGUAUUCAUGUCGGCUACAGACGAUGCUGUUUUCGCAAGAGUGGUCACAGGCUUCGACCAAUGUGCCAAGAUUGCGUCCAAGUAUGGUGUCACAGAAGCACUGGACCGCAUUGUGUAUACUCUCAGCUAUAUGACUACCCUUUCUACGGACAACUUGACGAGCACGACUCUCAAUACAGAGAUGAAGGUUUCGGACGAUGGGCCCAGUGUCAUGGUUAGCGAGCUCGCCGUUAAGCUCGGCAGAGACUUCAAGGCUCAGCUGGCCACUCUUGUGCUCUUCCGUGUUGUGACGGGCAGUGAGGCUGUGAUCAAAGACGGCUGGCAAUACAUGGUCCGCAUUUGGUUGAAUCUCUUCGUCAACUCUCUCAUACCCGCUUUUCCCUCUGAUGAUUCCAACCAACUUCCCAUACCCGCUAUACCCCUCCAGACGCCUUCCCAAGUCAUUGACCGCAACGCCAAGGCCGUAGACACCGGUCUUUUCUCUGCACUUUCAUCUUACAUCUCUAGCUACGCCGCCGACGAUCCACCAGAACCUUCUGCUGAAGAGGUGGAGAGUACAUUGGUCACUGUUGACUGCAUCAAUUCCUGCCAAGUCGGCGACGUGUUCACGAAUAUAUUGAGUCUGCGCGCCGAGGUCUUGCGACCUCUCAUCGAGGCGCUUUUGCAAGAACUUCCCGAGGAUGACAGCGCUUCAGUACCGGCGAUAACUGUGAGAUCCGAAGGCAUGCCUUCUUCGCCAGGGUCUAAGCAGGCGCGCGUUCGAAAUAUCUACGACCCAUCGGUAGCUUACAUCCUCGAAUUCUGUACGAUCCUUGCACUGAGAGAUGAGGAGACCGUUGGACUACUUGGUAAACAAGUAUCAGAAGCGCUUCAAGCAGUUCUUCGCGAUGCUAGUAGGCAUCACCCGAUUCUCGUCUCAAGAGUGGCCUUCUACCAGUUUAGUGUCUUGAAAGCCAGCUAUGAACAUGACUUCGUCCGUGCUCCAGUACUCUUGCACACCAUUUCCACACUUCCUAAAGAGCUUCUUGGCAAGACGUCGGAGCUUGUUUUACAAGGACUCAAGUCGUGUAUCAACGAGCCAGGGCCCCUUCGGAGUGAAAUCAUGACCUCACCGGAUUUCUGGGUCCUGUUACGGAAUCUAGCGGGCAACGCAAGCUCUGCGGCAGCUGUCUUCGAGAUCCUGGAAGGUGGCGUAUCAGGCACACCUUCGGCAAUAAUCGCGGACAAUUACGAGGCUGCUAUUGCUCUUCUGAAUGACUUUGCCUCAGCUGCUAAGAUCGGCGCUGUGGCAGAGCAGAAGGGCGACGCGGGCAACAAGCGGUCAAGAAGUGCUCGGCCAAAGAAGGAAACGCCGAGCGAAAAUGCCGUUGUGUCUCGAGGCGUCAAGGCUAUCAACAUCAUCUACAACAUGACGUCUCGCAUCCCACACCUUAUGAAGCAAUCGCAUCUUGAGGCUAAUGAAGCCUGGUCAGCAUACUGGCUGCCUAUCUUCCAGGCGCUAACAACGCAAUGCACAAACCCAUGCCGUGAGAUUCGUCAUUUGGCGUUUUCUUCCUUGCAGAGGUGUUUGUUGUCGCCCGAGUUGACUGGCAGCGGCCACGAAGAAUGGACUGCCAUCUUUGAUAAGGUCCUUUUCCCGCUGAUCCUGAAACUACUCAAGCCAGAGGUGUACUCGUCUGAUCGGGACGGCAUGAGCGAGACACGAGUCCAAGUAGCAUCACUACUCUGCAAGGUUUUCCUGCAGUACUUGGUCCUAUUGUCCAAGUGGGAUGGCAUGCUCGAUUUAUGGCUGAAGAUUAUCGAUAUCAUGGACCGCUUGAUGAACAGCGGGCAAGGUGACAGUUUGGAGGAAGCAGUUCCCGAAAACCUGAAAAACGUGCUGCUGUUCAUGUCGAGCAGCGGAUAUCUCGUAUCGCCAAAGAAAGACCCAUCACAGGAGACGCUGUGGGUUGAGACUUGGAAGCGCAUCGACCGGUUCCUACCUGACUUGAGAAACGAGCUCGCGCUUGAAGACCCCGUGGCGCCAGAGGAGGAGCAGGUGCGGGUGCAGGUGCAGGAGGGGGAGGAAGCGAAGGCAAAGGCGGACGACGUAAGCGUUACUAAGCAGACGGGCGAAUCGGAGAAAGCUGCUUAAUAGAAAGCGCGCGGUUUGUAUUUUGAGUUGUUUCGAACGUGUUCAUGUGUACACUACAGCGUGGCUUUGGGGGCUGAAAGCGGCAGCAUUGUCUGUAAGUCGUAGAAAGAAGUAGGGACUGAACAAAUUAGACGGGUUGCGUUUCGUAGCGUGACACAAAGAUAGAAUGUCACCAUUUAUCGGCUUAGGUUCCCUAAGUAGUCAACCACGAACUACUCUGUAGAAAUUCUGAAUGAGUUAUGAUUCAAAGCGUACAGCAAGGUUGUAAGCUGUGUAAUCCGUAGGUGAUGCGUAUCUGGACGUAUCCCACUUACGGAUCCGUACUGUAAUGCUGUAGUUGGAAUAUUUCGGAUACGGCGCAGACGCACUGACUAAUUUGGCUCGGCCUAGUCCAACCUUGGACUAGGCCAAACCAGAC